AGGCGAAAACGCCACCCAACGAAAAGCGAAGCAAAAGAGUGGUGCUGCUUCUUAUUGCCCUCGUCGUCCGUCGUCGUGCAUCCGCUUCAAAUUGAUUGAUAUUUCGGCCUUCAAAUCGUUGUUUGCAAGUGGCAAAACUCGCGUAAUCCAUCGGGUAACAGUUCCGGAGUGUCCCCCUUCUGAAAACAGUGCUGCAUGCAGUUGGAUGUUCCGAUACCAGUUCGGCUAAAGUUGAACCGGCGGUCUGUUCGAGACUCUUCCGAUGGCGUAACAAGGAGUGACCAUUCGUUUCGUAGUCGCCUUCUUUGAUUUGAUUGAAGCUUUUGAUGGUGUUUUUUUUUACGAACGUUUGUUGUAUUUUCUUUUUAACUUUGUUGCAGAUUGACAGAUCCAACGUUACCUGAGGGUUUGCAUUGAGAAGAACACAUUUAAUACAUAUAUUCGUGAUUACGUUAGAUUUAAAUAUUAUUGCAUCCAGUAAGACUACGACUAAGGGCUGCCUGUGAAAGGCCGUCGGCACAAUGUCCACAUUCGACGUCCACGAUCGUUCCGCGUGGUAUUUUGGUUCCAUGACGCGCCAGGAUGCCACCGAUAUGCUUAUGAUCGAGCGGGAAAGCGGAGUUUUUCUGGUUCGCGACAGCACCACCAUAUCCGGGGACUACGUCCUGUGCGUUCGCGAGGACUCCAAAGUCAGCCAUUACAUCAUAAACAAAAUCCUGUCGGGAGACGACUGUUUCAUGUUUCGGAUUGGCGAUCAGACUUUCAGUGAUUUACCGGAUCUGCUCACGUUCUACAAAUUGCACUAUCUAGACACGACGCCUCUGCGGAGACCAGCGAUCAAACGGUGCGAAAAGGUGAUAGGUAAAUUUGACUUUGAUGGUAGCGAUCCGGAUGAUUUGCCAUUCAGGAAGGGGGAAAUACUCGAAAUAAUCAACAAAGAUGAGGAACAAUGGUGGACAGCGAAAAACUCCAAGGGUCAAACAGGUCAGAUUCCCGUUCCGUAUGUCACGCGCUACGAGGAAAACAUUAUCGAGAGGCCACCGAAUGCAACGGGCGCCGGUAACCACCAUCAUCCUGCACCCCCCGUGGGACUCCACCACUCGGAGAAUUCCAACGUUUUCAAAUCGAACCUCAACCGGCAGUUGCCGGCUUUGGCGCGGGUUAAGCAAGAGCGAGUGCCAAAUGCGUACGACGAGACGGCCCUCAAGCUGAACAUUGGCGAUGUGAUCAAGGUGAUCAAAACCAACAUCAACGGCCAGUGGGAGGGCGAGCUACGCGGUAAGGUAGGUCACUUUCCUUUUACCCAUGUGGAGUUCAUCGAUGACGAUGUUCAGCACUGGAGCGGACACUAAUCGGGCUGGGGAGGACGUGGUUAGGAUCUUAUAUUUCUCUUGUUUUAUUUUAAAUUAAUUUCACUGUGAAGAAUUUUUAUUUAAUUGUACAGAUUAUUUUAUGCAUAAGGAUGUACGUUUCGAGUCAUUUAUAUAUAGAAAUUCUAUGUUUAGUGCUUUAUCAACGUAGGCAGCCGUAUUUCAGGAUGGUUGAGUUUAGUUUGUAUUUGUAUUAUAAAGUAAAACAGUGGUUUAAGUCAGAAACACAUUCAUUCUAAAGUGACAAGAUUGUGAAAACACCCAAUUUAUACAUUUACAUUAAUAAGUCAAAAAGGUAAACCAAACAGAAGCAGAGAAGGCCAAUACUGAUUGAAUGGCAUAAGACUUUGCAGGGUUGCGCCAAAAAUAGUCAAUAUAAUCAACAACAAAGUUAAACAA